CUCGCACCCUUUUUUCACGCCACAAACAACGCAUCCUCGGUGCUUGAUUGAUCCUUCAAUCUCUAUAAAAUGUAAAUCUAUGGUGUGAGUAAAGAGUGAGCAAGAGAGUGAUUCUCUAAAUUUCUAAGAGAAGCAAAUCAGUCAGAGGCAUGGCAGGUCGUCAAUACAAUUUGCACUUUCUGCUUCUGUUUGUGCUUAUUUUAGUGUCAUUCUCCAAUUUUGCAGAGUGUUACGGCCGUGCACAGCUACGUUCAACAGAUUGCAAGCCAAAGUGUACAUAUCGUUGCUCAGCUACAUCACAUAAGAAGCCAUGCAUGUUCUUCUGCCUCAAAUGCUGCUCCAAAUGUCUGUGUGUUCCUCCUGGUACUUAUGGUAACAAGCAGACCUGCCCUUGCUACAACAACUGGAAGACCAAGGAAGGAGGACCCAAGUGCCCAUGAAGCUACAUUAUAGGGUUACUCAUUAAAGGCCUAGUUUUAUGUAUUUCUUCUAGCCAAUUGCCAUUGCCAUUGUCAUUGCUCUUAGGACUGAGCUCAGCGAGAGGACCUGAGUAGGUCAACUGACCUCUACCCAGCUCAGCUCAUCCAUAUAAUUUUGAUAUUAUAAUCUAAAUGAGUAACAUCCAAGAUUAA